ACAUUUCACAGGUGUAAAAUAUGGCGGAGAAUUGUAAACAUUUUAGUUGUCACGGAAUUAUUUAAUCGUUUUUUCAUUCACAAACAAUCCAGUUUAAGAAAUGUCCGUAUGCUUUUACGUAGAAAUAUUUUUCCCUUGUUAAGAAUUCAUCUUUAAUGAUGUUUAUUAUCAGCAAUUGACUUAAUCCUACCGAUUUCUUUCCGUUUAUUUUUCUCAGGAAGGAACAUGUCUGGAUCGGGGCGGUGAAUUUGAAAAUUAAAUUGUAUAAAAACAUUUAUGCAAUUGCUUAUCAUGAAAAACAUCAACACGUAGUAAAAAUGUAUUCAUUAUCCUGAGCACAUAAGAUCUAGUUCAGUUACACGUCUAUUUUAAGUUGAAAUGAAAGAGACAGAAGAAUAUAAAAUUUGUUUUACUAAACAAAAUAUUUGUGUGUUUGUGAAAGUUUGAAACUGUAAGUGAAGGACGCUAUUACAAUAAAACUAUGUUAAUACUGUAAUAUGACUUCUUUUGAAAUCUAUUUGUAAAAAUGGGGUAGGAAACUUCUUGACUUUAGCACCUGUUCAAUAGCAAUGGAUAAUUCAUUUGGAUCACGGCCUCCGUGGCCAGGAAGACCCAUGGGUUUGCCAGCACAGUCAUAUGGUGGAAAUUUGCAACCUGGAAUGGAUUUAAGCUAUGGUACUCAUUCUGUUCAACCUAGGCCACCAUUAAUGAAUGGAUAUGCAGGUGUUCGACCAGGUAUAACAACACCUAGCUCAGUGGGUGGUGGAUAUCCUAUGUGGGAUAUGGACAUUCCAAGUCAGAUGUUCAUGCAGGCAAUGAAUUUUGACAGAAUGAUGCAACAGCAACAACAAGGCAUGACAGAUCCGGCUGCUAACAUGAGUGCUGUUUCCAGCAGGUCAACAGAUGAUGCAUCUCAACGUUCUGAAGCAGGAAGAGACUUGAUAGAACAGCAACAAGCCGUUGAGCAAGUUCGUUUAUUACAAAGAUUUAAAGAGUUACGGCAGUGGCAACAACAACAACAGGAAGUGCUUAUGUCACAGCAGCAUCAACAAUUGAGUCUACUCAGAAAGGAACAGGAAAAAAUGCAGGGCAUGAUUACCAAACAGAGAGACAACCAGUGGGGAGGUGGGCAUCCAAAUUUCUAUGGAAACACUGAGACGCCACCAAGACGACAGAUUCCCCCUGGAACAGAUGUGUCAAAGUUUCUUGAACCAGCAGUACGGCAAGAAAUUGAGGGACAGCAUAUACUGCCGAAACCUGUGAUGUAUGUACAGCCCAAGGAAGAUGAUGAUGAAAUAAAAACAAACCCCGAUUUAUUUAGUGACACAAACUCCAAUCGUGGAAGUCAGGCUGGUAUGGAAGAAGGUAUGUUUCCGAUACCAGACUCGGCCUCGGAGGCGAGCGUUGAGAUAGGAUUGCACCAGAUGAGGCAGGGACAAGUGAAGAACUUAUCCCAGUUUAGACAGAGAUUCAAUCCUCAUGAACUAGAUGCUCCCAAAAAGCUGCAUAGAUCAUUUGCUGAGUUGGAACAUGAUCCAGAAUUUCUGAAUUUAUCGUCACAGUCACCAACUAUGCUGGAGAUGCAACAUGGGACAAAACCUGAUACAAGAAAUGAUAAAAUAGAAGAAGAGGAUGAACACACUUCCGAUGAUGAAGAAAGUGAUGAAGAUGAUAGUGAUGAUGCCAGUAGUGAUGAUGAUGAUGAGAGUGAUGAAAACCAGGAAGACACGCAGAUAGAGGUUAAAACAGGAGGAGAUAUAGAUGAAUUGCCAAUCAAACCAGGCAUUGAAGGUGGGAAAACAUUUGAACAACUUCUAGAAGAACAGCUAAAGGCCGAGGAAGACCGGUUAAAACAAGCCAAUGCUAGUCAGGACUCCCCGAGUCAGCCAAAGAGAACUUUCCUGAAAAAAGGUGAAGGGAUUGCCAGGUUCGAGUCCAAACCAGGACAGAGGCCACAUAAAACCAAGAAAAAGAGCUCAGGGUCUCAUAUUGGGAGCCAGGCAUCUCACAAACAGACCUCACAGAAGUCAGAAAAUACUGGUGCACAAACUAAACCUGCCUCAAAAUCAGCAGGUAAACCACCAACCCACAGUAAAACCAGGAACCAGCCUGGCAAGAAGACAACAGGUCAAGGGUCAAAACAACAGAAAUCUGAUGAUAAGAAGAAGAAACCUAUCACAAAGUCUCCCAGCAGAGAUACAGGAAAGCAGACAAUAGUAGAGAUCUCCACAGAAGAGGACAAACUGAGGAAAGGAAAAAUGAAACGUGCCGAUUCCUUCCCUGAUGACGCUUCUUUUGUUGCAAACUUGAAAGAAAGGCAAAAAGAAUCUGAGAGGGAUAUGGAAGAAUUGGAUGAGUUUGAGAUUUUGGAACACUUUGCCGACAACAUGUCAUUCUGCAGUAAUUCUUCCAUAGUGACCAAAGGUCUGCAUGGUUUACAGAAUGAUAGAAUACUAACAGGAGUUCUGCCUAAGAGUCAAGAAAUUGGGAGGGCGACUAGUCCACGUGCAGCAUUGAUUAAAAAACUUGAGGAAGAGAAAAAAGCUAAACAUAAAAAACAGCUGGAAGAACAGUCAAAUAUUAAACAUGGAGGUGUAAGAACAGACACAAGAAGUGAUUAUAAUACUGUUAGCAGUGUUGGAAAUAUAUUGAAAGUAGGAGAUGGGCAGAAAAAUGAACAUUUGAAAUCAGAUUCUAAAGCAGGUACUGGAGUAUCUGUGAAUCAAGGCAAAAAUGAUGAUGAUGAUGAGUACGAAUCAGUGAGUGAUAGCAGUGAUGAUUCCAGUGAUGAAUCUAGCUCUGAUGAUGGUGAUGAUAAAAUUACUAAAAAUGUUCAAAAAGAUACGCAUGGUGAUUCAAAACAUUUUGGCGGGAAAAGUGAUUACUUUAAAACUUUAUCACAUAAUGAGAGUCACAGUAAAGGAAAAAAUGAUUCUGUGUGUUCAACUGAUAAGAAGUUAGAAAGAGUGUUAAGUUAUACAGGAUUUACUGAAUCAGGUAGUGUAUCACAAACAUCCGAAUCGGAACAGGAAGUGGAAUCAGAGGAUGACGAGUAUGACUUCUCUGCUGGGGGUCAAAUCGAAAAUAGAGAACCGGCAAAACCUUUGACUCGUAAAGUAGCUGGAAGAGAUGAUAAAAACAAAUUUCCAUUCCAGAAUCUGCCAUCGGAUAAAGAUUUGCUUCAGUUUAGUUUGAAUGGAAGUGCCUUUGCACCGAAAGCGAAAUCUCCGAUAGUAAUCUCAAAAGAAAGGGUUCCGAAACAGGAUACUUUGGGCAGUGUACAACACGAAGUUCUCAAAGAGACAAAGUUUUCAUAUCAUUCAGAUUCUGAUUCCGUGGGCAAUAAACAAAAUGGAAGUUUUAGCGAAGAAGAUGACGACAGAUCGAAUGACGGAGAUAGAAAUUCUCGAAAAUCUUUUGGGGAGAAGAAAACUUUACAGUUUGAUGACGAUGAUGAAUGGGGUGAUCUAACGCCAAAGAUUCUCAAGUCCAGAAGACGGAAAGAAUCGGAAAAUGAACAUGACAAAACUCUAGUUGAAGAUUGCGAUACAGAUAGGCCUGUGACUGGUCUUGGUAAGCCAGAGAUACCGGAGAGAGACAGUGAAGAUACCCCACCCACUUCUAAGCUGGUUUCUAAAUUGUUCCCAAGUCUGAAACCAGCUCAGAAAAAACAAGAAGAGCAGAAUUUAGAAAAGAUUCAGUCUGUAGCUCAGGCUAGCACAGGUGAUGGUGUGCAGUCUAAAAUACUACGAGAUAAACUCAUGGAGCUGGAGAGAGAGAUAGAGAAGUUCAGAAAUGAGAAUAAACAUCUUGCUACUCUACGCAAUGAAAGAGAACAGGGCUUGACUGUGCUGAAAAAAGAAAUAACAGAAUUUGAAAAAGAAAAGGCCAUGGAACUGAAAAGAAUCGAGGAAUUUAGAAAUGAGGAGAUGAAAAAGUUAAAACAUGAGAGGAAGAUGUUUGAUAAGUACCAGAAAGCUGCACGGGCAGGUCCCGACAAGAAAGAGAGAGAGGAAAUUGAAAAUCUGAGAUCACAGUUGUCCGAGUUGCAAGAAGAAAUGAAGCGUAAAGAAAGCCGCUGGACGGCAAACAAUGCGCGUUUAAGAGACAAGAUCGAUCAAGUCGAGCAGGAAAACGAAGAACUGAAGGAGGAGAUCAAACUGCUUGAGAAGAAACGCCUCGAGUGGAUGCAAAAAGAUCAGAAGAAUAAACCAAGGACUAGUGGACAGACUGUGUUACGAAGCAGUACACCAACAGAGGAGCUUGAACAGAUGAUAAAUGGUCAUGUUGAGCAUGGCUAUAAUGAUCUUUCAGCAUCAGCAACAAUGCGAUCCACUUCUAGUCUCAAGCCCUCCCAGCAGCAACCAAAAGCGAAUAUUCGCUCAUCUUUUCCCCCACCACCUAAACAAACCACUCACAACCAGACACAGUCUACUCACAAUAAACCUUCCAAUGUGAACCAGUCCACUAAAUCUAAUGUGAACCAUUCUAGUGCAAAAUUAAACCAAUCUAAGAAAAAUAAUACCCACAAUGCAAAGCAGGGUCAUUCAGUGCAUGGACAAGGUCAUUCCAGUAAGCCAGGACACAAGGCUACUGGAAGAAGCAAUAGUAGUGUAACUUCAGGGAAAAUUUCAAAUUCAAGUGACAAUAAAAAUGUGCUACGCAAUUCUUUAGCGGAAGAUUUACCAAGGCGGGAACUUGGUACCAUAGCGGAACCACAGGAUUUGAGUAUUUACUCCGAGACUGAUGGGGAUGGGUUAUCUGCCCCUGUUAACAUGCCAAGAAAAUUUGCUCCAAGACCAGGAGUGGAUAAAUCUGUCAUAGACAAGGGAGAUAAUGAUGAAUAUGAUGAGAUACAACACAGCGAUGGGAAGGUUGAAAGGACAUACAGAAAUGGUGCUAGAGAGAUCUUGUUUUCUAAUGGUACAAGGAAAGAAAUCUCAGCCGAUGGAAAAUCAAUUGUUGUGUCUUUCUUUAAUGGUGAUAUGAAACAGAUUAUGCCAGAUCAAAGAGUGAUAUAUUACUAUGCAGAGAACCAAACUACUCACACCAAUUAUCCUGACGGCUUGGAGAUUAUACAGUUUCCUAAUCAACAGACAGAGAAACUCUAUCCCGACGGGACAAAGGAAAUAACAUUCCCUGAUCAAACAAUCAAAUAUAUAUUUCCUAAUGGGUCUGAAGAAAGUAUAUUCCCAGAUGGAACUGUGAUACGACUGGAAAAGAAUGGCGAUAAAACUAUGGAGUUUCCCAAUGGUCAGAGGGAGAUACAUACUCAGGAAUAUAAGAAACGGGAGUAUCCGGAUGGUACAGUGAAGACAGUGUAUCCAGAUGGUCGCCAGGAGACGAGAUAUUCCAACGGAAGGUUACGAGUGAAAGACAAAGAUGGAAACGUUAUUGUGGAUAGACAAUGCUGAAAAUAGAACAGUUACAAUUACCCGAAAUGCAUUUGCUGAGAGAAAAAUCAGACGUGAAAUUUAGUGAUGGAAAUGUCAUUUUAUACACUAGUACACUGGUGACAAAUACCUUGAAAAAAGGAACUUUCCAGUAUCUCAUGACAUACUACCUGAUAUAUAUAAAUAAGGUCCUAUUUUGGGUAGUGAGUGAAAGGUGUAGCAUAGGAUUAUGUUGCCUCACAAGUAUUUGUAUUUGUAUUUGAAAAAAAAUCUUGCCAAGUUUGUUAGAUAUAGACAUUGUCAUACCCAGUACUAGACUUACUGGCCAAAUAGCUGAGAUUUUCAAAAUUACCGAUUGUUCUGGCUAACAGAAGCUGGAAAAAAGCAUCAUCUACAUGAUGUAUGGACAGAUUUGGAUGGUCGUGUGGUGGUUAAUGUUGCCUGUUUGAGUUACAGAAAUUUGAACUCUACUGCAAUCAUGGUAUUAUCUCAUUGUUACGAAAUAGCUAUUUUUGCAAAGCAGAUGAGUGGAUAGUUCAUGUUCUUCAAGCGUUCUUAACAGCGGAAUUUGAGCAUUCUUAACAGUGAAGUUCCAUCAUUUUUCUCACUGGACCUUUUGUGCUCAAGCAUUCUUCAUAUUGAAGGAUUAGCUUUCUUCACAGUGUAUCUUGAUCAUUCUUUAAAAUGGAGCACGAGUGUUCUUCACAAUGGAGCUCAAACAUUGUUCACAGUGGAGCCUGAGGGUUCUUCACAGUGGGGCUUAAGUAAAUUAGUAUUUAAAAGAUAAUAUUGAUAGGUGUGUUUAUGAUUAAAUGUUUAGGAUAUCCAUGAUGUUUUCUUAUUUACCUUUUUGCACAAGAUCAUUGGUAAAGAAUAGCAAUAUUUCUCAUUGGUCUUACAUGUUUUCAAACUUCAGCAAAUUCAUACAUAAUCUCCUUUCUAACAAAACAGUUUACGUUAAGGUCUUUCAAAAAUAUUUGUACACAGUUUGAUGUUAAGUUUUGUUUAUGUUCCUUUAAAUGUGGUGCUACUCAUCUCGGUUUAUCUCUUAGACAAUAGAUCUGUUUGUAUAUCUUUUGGUUGGACUAUAAAUGGCUGUUUCUUUAUCUGUUUAAUCAUAUGUUUGUGUAAGGUUUAUGAUUUGCAUAUGGAUCUCUGAAUGUUCUUUUGGAUAUAGAUCUGUCAGCAGUGUAUUUAUUUCACUACAGAUUUUACUAUGUAUCUCAGUGCUUUGUACCUUAGUGAGAUUUUAAUUUUGCCUUGUUUUAUAGUACUUGCAUAGAUCUGUAAACUAGUGAUAGAAAUUCAAAAACCAACCAUGCAUUUUUAGGGGUUUUUUCCUAAAGGAAGAGUAAAAAAGGCAGUGGAAAGGAAUAUAUUGAACUUGUCCUCAAAAGUUUCACUGACUUACAAUGUUACAUACCUUCUUCUGUCAAUCAGAUACAACCUGAAGGUUACUUCUAACAUGUGCCAAUGUAUUUUCCUGUCCAGCAAAGAUACAAACGUAAUAGAGGCGCUUGAAAAGAACACCACACACAACAGCGGAUACCAUCAAGGAUGUUGAUAAAUAAUUGUUGAUACCGUGUUAGAAUAAAAAAAAAUGUUUCAAGAGAAAAUCAUUGUCAUUCAUGUGUUAUUAUACCAUUCGGGCUGAGCCCACAUGAUAUAAUUCUAUGCAGCUGAACUCUAGCAAUGAUUUUACUAAUGACAAAAUUGAAAUUGUUUGAGAUAUAUUAUUUCUUAAAUGUUCUACUGACACUGCCCCCUUCCAUUCUAACUUGCAUCUUAAUCUGUGUAAAUGUCUGAUCUAUUUGUUUGCACCAUUCCUUUUAAAGUGAAUAUGAAAAGCUUAUAUUGAUGUUGUUGAUAACUUAGUGCUAAAAUUUUGUAUUUUUUAUCUGUUUUGUGUAUGUAUAGACUGCAAAAUAUCAUAAAACAUGAAAUAACUUAAAAUUUUGAUAUGAUGCUGAAAUAAAAUUAUAAUUGUGCA